UUGGAAGAAACAUUGAAGAGAAAAUAUGUGAGAAACUUAGAACGGAAAACGCGAGCUGUCUUGGAGCUGGAUUGCGCAUGCGCAGUGGGUGCAGCCAACAGCGUUGUGGCGCCGCCUGUUUGUGCCUGCAAGUCAGCGGUGGCGGAGUGUCGUGCUGCUGCAUGGAAAAAAGAUCAAAUAUCCGCGGGGAGGAGACGCACUGGAGCCACUGGAAACUUCUGGAAGACUCGACGGAGCCACAGAAUGCCAAAGAUCUGACCGAAAGAUGUGUCAUCAGGUUAGCACGAUGGAGGCUAGCAGCAUCAUCAAUGUCCUCAACAAGAAGCUGGCCUUCCUCUCAGGCGGUAAAGACCGUCGCAGUGGUCUGAUCCUCAGCAUCCCGCUGAGCUGCGACCAGACCAACAUGGAUGAGCUCAGUGACACACUAGACUAUCUGCUCAGCAUACCCAGUGAGAAGUGUAAGGCACGAGGCUUCACUGUCAUCGUGGACGGACGCCGCACUCAAUGGAACACGGUCAAGAUGGUGGUGCUUAUGUUACAGAACGUGAUCCCGGCCGAGGUGUCGCUGGUGUGCGUGGUCAAGCCGGACGAGUUCUGGGACAAGAAGGUCACACACUUCUGCUUCUGGAAGGAAAAGGACAGACUCGGGUUUGAGGUGAUCCUGGUGUCAGCCAAUAAGCUGACUCGUUACAUCGAACCCUCACAGCUCACUGACGAAUUCGGAGGAAGUUUGGACUACCACCACAGCGACUGGCUCAGCAAGAGACUGGUGUUUGAGAAGUUCACCAAGGAGUCCACUUCACUGCUGGAUGAGCUGUCAAUCAUCAACGACAGUGACAAGAGCACCCCCCUCGACAAGUCAGCUGAUGUCCUCCUGCCAUCCUUUGAUCCAGAGACGGUCCUCCAGACAGGUCAUGAGUUGCUGUCCGAGCUCCAGCAGCAACGUUUUAACGUCUCUGAGGGGGGAGGAGUCGGAGGAGGCACCAGUGGAGGGAGUGGAGGACAAGGAGUGCCAACAUGGCGUCCGAUGGAGGAGGAGCUUCUGGCUCAGCCUCAGGUGAUGAAGCUUCUGGACUCCCUGAGGGAAAAGUACACACGCUACCAGGAAGUUUGCAGACAACGCAGCAAGCGGUUGCAGAUACACGACGUACAUGCCAAAGUCAUGCAGGUGGUGACAUGGCUGCAGGGUCCGGGCUCGGAGCUGCUGAAGACCCACCAGGCCAUCGGAGACUCUAUACGGGCGGCGCAGGCGCUGCAGCAGAAACACGAGGAGAUUGAGAGUCAGCACAGCGAAUGGUUUGCGGUGUACGUGGAGCUAAACCAGCAGAUUGCUGUCCUUCUCAAUGGCGGAGACGAUGAUGAGGAAGAAGCCGGUGAGCUGAAGGCUCUGCAACAGCAGCUCAGCGACGUCUGCUACCAGCAGGCGGCGCAGCUGGAGAGCCGGCAGAACGUCCUGCAGGCCGCGCAUACCUUCCACGCCGCGACACAGGAGCUCUCUCAGCAGCUGGACGCUCUCCUGGGCAUGCUGUGUGCAGAUGUGGCGCCGGUGGAUGGCUCGGCAAUCCAACACAACCUCAAACUGCUGGAGGAGAAGCUGCAGAGCGUCGAGACAGGGCUGGCUUUGCUGCGCCAGAAGGGAGAGCUGCUGCUGGAGCAGACGUGCACAGAGGACGCCGAGAGCGUCGCGGCUGAGCAGAGACACAACGUGCAGCAGAUCCACGACGUCAUGGAUGACAUGCAGAUGAGAAAACAGAGGUGUGAGGACAUGGUAGACGUGCGUCGCCUGAAGAUGCUUCAGAUGGUUCAGUUGUUCAAAUGUGAAGAAGACUCCUUACAGGCUGUGGAUUGGCUGUGCGAGCUUCUGGACGCGCUGCUGAAGACCCACGUGAGACUCGGAGACGACGCCCAGGAAACCAAAGCCAUGAUGGACAAACACAAGAAGUUUGUGGACGUGGCUCAGAGUACAUACGACUACGGCCGUCAGCUCCUCCAGGCCACGGUGGUGCUGUGCCAGUCUCUACGCUGCGCCACGCGCUCCUCCGGCGACACUUUGCCUCGACUCAACCGCGUGUGGAAGCAGUUCAGCGUCAGCGCCGACGAGCGUCAACAUCGACUGCAACUCGCCCUCGCCUUCCACCAGCACGCCGACUCGGUUUUACAGUGUGAGCAUGUGGAGACAGAGUUUCUGGAUGCGGUGGAUGCUUCAGCCAAAGCUCUGUUGGACAGACUCAGCAUGCCCGUCAUCUUCCCCGAUGGGAGCGAGCAGUGCUUCGGCAGCACGGGCAGCGACGCUGCGGCGUUGGUGUCCGAGUGUGUGCGAGAGCGCCUCCUGCUGGUGGAGGAGCGCCGGCAGCAGUUGCAGGAGGCGGAGCUCGGCGACGAUCCCCGCCCUCAGGUAGAGGCGCUUCAUGGCCUACAUGUCAUCGGGGAGGAGCCCGGUGAGAGGGAGGAGGAGCCAGAGCACCGGGGGACCCUCAACCAACAAGAGGAGGAGAUGCAGGAAUGCUGAGUGCUUGGAGCUCGCUAGCCUAGGAAGCCAAUUGAUGCUAACAGUCAAGUUUUGUUUUGAAAUAUCCUGGAUUUAAGACAUUUUUCCCAGCAUGCUCCUAGUUCCUGCCUGCGCGCUCCUAAACAAGACUGAGUUGUUUUGGUUUUUUUUAACUUUUUUUUUAUUUAUUUGACUUCUUUUUCAAGCAAACCUUGAAUCAUUAAUGGCUGCUGCUGAAUCUGUCGACUUUGUCUCCUCUCCCCUCAUUAAAUAUUCAUGACAUUAUGCCAUGGUCCAAAUAAACUUUUGCAAGAUUCAAACUUCUACAUUAUUACUGUUAUUCUAAGGCUCACUUUUAGCUCAUCACGAUUAUUUUCAGAAUUUACCAUUUUCCUGGAGUGUUAAUAACAUCUCAAAUGCUUUGUUCAAAAUACCCAAGGAUCAACAAUUCGACACAUUUUUCCCACCUUUCUUUCUUGCCGUGGUGAAAUUGUCUCGUUUUAGGGGUGAAUCUGUCCUGUGCAAGUGAGCCAGCAUAGACACAUGAGCAAACAGGAAACAAGUUAUGGUGGAAUCAAGUCAGUGCCGCAUUUCACCAUAUGAUCCUAUGCUAAUCUGUGAACCCCAGAAAACUGGCUACCGUAACUAUAUCCCUCUCACACACACACACAAACUGUUUUGAGUGCCCAUUGGAGAUUGAAUCUGGUAUAUAUGUGCAACCUACUUCCGUAUUUGAGAAAAGAGGUGAAAGCGUUUCCUCAGGUGAAUCGUGAAGGGGGCUGUGAUAAAGCACCCAUGUUCAUGUAUUACUAUAAAUAAUUGUUAUACAAGUAUUCAACUUUUGUCAAAAGACACCACCUGUAAAGAAAACGAAAUUUUAGCAAGUUUGGCGUCAGACAAUAUGAAUAGAAUAUAACUUUAUUUAUUUUCAUUGGAUAGAAAUACUACAAAUUUGUGUUUGGUUGCAUCUCAUGUGGCAGCUAAAAAUUACAUUAGAAAGUUAGUUGAAGAAAUGGUGAAAUAUUUUAUCACACCGUUGUCAUGCUCACUAGCAUAGCAUACACAGGAAGUCAGCUAACCUGUUUUCCGGGUGUGGCCACGUGACGUUCACCACCGCAGGAGUUCAUCAACAAGCCACCCAAUUACACUUAUCAAUUAAUGUAGCUGUGUGGUACAUAACUGACAAACUCAAAUAUCCCCCACCACUUGGUUUGUGAAAAUGUAUUCAACAGUAUUUUGUAAUAAAUUUUAAUACUAGUUGAUCUUUUUUCAGUUUGCUUUGGUUAGAUUUGAUUUAUUGAU